AUGAUCAAGCAUCUAUCAAGAAAGUUGAGCAUGAGUGUAGGAAAACAACGCCAAAUUGUGCCUAACUUGGCACUAACUCAGAACCUUACUAAGGAUGUGUGGUCAUUGACCAACGAAGCGGCCGCCGCUGCAGCCCACAAUGCUCAAAACAAGGGUCGCGACCUCAUAAACUUGGGCCAGGGCUUCUUCUCGUAUUCUCCGCCUGCAUUCGUGGUCGAAGAGGCGCAGAAGGCCCUCGACGACGCUAUGGUGAACCAGUACUCGCCAACAAAAGGCCGCAUGUCGCUCAUAAAUUCGCUAAUCAAGCAGUACUCGCCUCUCUACAACACGCAGUUGCAGGCCAACAACAUUCAGGUUACGACGGGCGCGAACGAGGGUAUCCUAGCGUGCCUAGUUGGGCUUUUAAAUCCCGGCGAUGAGGUAAUUGUUUUCGAGCCCUUCUUUGACCAAUACAUCUCUAACAUCCAAAUUCCCGGUGGCAAGGUGACCUACGUGCCGCUACACCCACCCAAAGAGAUGAGCGUGCGCCCCACAGAGGGAACCGAAUGGACUGUCGACUACGAUGAGCUUCGUGCUGCGAUUACGCCCAAGACCAAGGCCCUUAUCCUGAACACCCCUCACAACCCAGUUGGGAAGGUCUUCACGCGCGAAGAGCUUCUACAGAUCGGCCAAAUAUGUGUUGAGAACAAUGUUGUGAUCAUUUCGGAUGAGGUAUACGAGCACUUAUACUUCACGCCGGAAUUCACAAGGGUUGCUACGCUGAGCCCUGAGAUCGGCCAAAUCACGCUGACCAUUGGCUCCGCCGGCAAAAGUUUCGCUGCCACUGGGUGGAGAAUUGGCUGGAUUGUUUCUUUGAAUCCUGAGCUGCUCGAGUACGCCUCCAUGGCUCAUACCCGUAUUUGUUUUGCGUCGCCAUCCCCUCUGCAGGAAGCGUGUGCUAACGCCUUACCCAUUGCUCUCGACAACGGGUAUUUCAAGAAAAUGAGAGAAGAAUACAUUCACAAGUUCAAUAUUUUCACUCGUGUAUUCGAUGAGCUAGGGCUCCCUUACACCAAGCCCGAAGGAACCUAUUUCGUCCUCGUAGACUUCUCCAAGGUCAAGAUCCCUGAGGACUACCCGUUCCCGGAAGAGUUGCGCUCCAAAGCUAAAGACUUCCGCAUUUCUUACUGGCUUAUUAAUGAGCUCGGUGUCGUUGCAAUCCCUCCUACUGAGUUCUAUAUCAAGGAGCAUGAAAAGGUUGCCGAGAAUUUGUUGAGAUUCGCCGUCUGCAAGACCGAUGACUACCUGGAGGGUGCUGUAGAAAGACUGAGACUCUUGAAAGAGCAUUUGUGA